AUGGACACCGUCUUCAGCAUCACCGAACUAGUUGAGUGCAUCCUCCUCCGCUUCGACCCAUUCGACCUGAUGCGCGCCCAACUUGUCUGCCGCCAAUGGCGCACGCUAAUCACCACGCGCAGCCCGCUCCGAGCAGUCUUAUUCUACGACUUCGCCCACCUGUACCCCACCGAACCAACCUUCAACCCAUUGAUGCGAUAUCUCUUCCCAGUGCUGUUCCCCACCCCGGACUCCACCAAGCCCACCUCCCCAAUCUUCAUGCCCGAAGACAUACAGCAUAUGCGCCUCGGCGACGACACAGCCUACCACAAGGCGGUCUUCCGCCCGGAAGCCUCCUGGCGACGCAUGAGACCCAUGAAUAUCCCGUGCCGGGUGCGCAAAGUAGUCCGAAAGACAGUCCGGGAUGAUCAAAACCCAGCGAAGAACCUGCUGGUGUAUGAUAAAGAGGCCGGACAGGAUCCGGUGCUGGGAGCGACGAUGGAGCUCGUUUGGGAUGUGUUGUUGCAUGAGAUAGGGUUUUGGCCGACGAAUGGGAUGGCGGUAGAGUGGAGAGCUGUGAGGGAGGGGAGCGGGGAGUGGGAUAAUAACUGGAAGGAGGGGGUUAGUGAUGAGGAGAAGAGAAGGCUGAGGGCGCCGUAUGAGUGCUCGUUUGUGUGUGCGAGUCCGGAGAGGAUGCUGGGGUGGUGUGAUCGGCGUCAGUUUACGUUUGUGAGGGUGAAGCCGCCAAUUAAGAUGAAGUCAACGGCGGGGGAGUAUUUGGGGAUUAGGAAUCAGUAUGAAAUGGAUAAGUUUGACUCGGGGUAUUAUGGCCCGGAUAAGCCUCCGAAGUUUGCGCAUAGGGGGGAGUGGGAGUGGGUUAAUGAUGAUGGGACUAGAACUUUCGACUACAACAAUAACGAGGAUAAAAUAAGGCCUGCUGAGGAUGAGGAUGAUAGUGGCACGGAGUGGUCUUGGGAUGAGGCGAGGGAGUACUUUGAGAGGCCGGAUUGCUAUUGGGUGCCUACUCAUACGCCGCUUUGA